AGAAAAGCGAGCUCGAGAGCAAAUUCUCCCAGCCUUGCAUAUUUCCUACCCAGCCCUCCUCCUGGCUCCUUCUUUUGUGUGGUGUGUUUGAAAGGGAGGCAAGGAAGCAAAAGAGAAGAAGAGGAAGGAAGGAAGGAAGGAGAGAGAGAGAGAGAAAAAGGGGGAAGGGAGGAGAGCGGCGGCGGCGGCGGCGGCGGAGUCAUGUCCAGCAGAGUUGCGUGAGGAUAAUGUGAUCGGCAAAGAGGCGAUGAAUAUGCUGUCGCUGAAGGUUGGCAGUGGCGCCGAAGGGUCGGGCAGCCUCCCCGGCAGCCAGGAGUCCUCUCUUCUGGAAGAAAAAAGUCUCUCCCGAAAGGCAGCGGCCGCCGAAGGGAUCGGAACCCCGCAGCCGGCUGAUGGGAGCGCCAUCGCCUGCCAGCCCGUUGGACUGGAAAACGGAGCCAACCCGCCGGCCGAAUGGUUCCCACGCAGCCAGGGCCCGGGGCUGCGGCAGCCCAACAGUGAGGUGGAUGGUGCUGAGAGGAACUUCAGGGUGAACCUGCACUGCAAGCACGGGCGUCCCAGAGAACUCAAGUGUAACAGCAGGAGCAGCAAAGGUGAAGGUCCAGGUUCCGCGUUUGCAGAUCUCCACCCGAGCAACUGUUCUUCUAAGAGGCAUGCUGGUGAAGAGGAACUGAGGAAGCGCCUGAAAUCCCAGGGGCCACCCGUCCCAUCGACAGGAGGCACCGUCCGCAGCUCCUCUGAGCACCCCCAAGAGCCAAAGUUCUACCAGGCAGGGCAUCCUGGUCAAAAGGCACCGGCGUGUCUGGCAGAGAAGGCCCUGUCAUUCAGCAUGCUCAGUUUCCCAGAAGGCUCCUGCUCAGCAUUAGGCCGGGAGCACAAGGCUGGCUCACUGCGCCACACUGAGGGCGCUGACCGCUACAAGAGCCUUCACGCCCAGAGCAGUGCCAAGGCGGAGGACGUGCCAGCAGCCAACCUUCUGGUCUGCCCUGUCGACGCCCAGGGCCCAGAUGAGACAGCCACACAGGACCGAGCGGCCAAGACCUUCUCCAACGCCACGCUAGCCUCGGGAAGGUGCAACAUCGACAACAUCAUUUCGCUUCUCAAGAGCAAGUGCGGCAACGGCCGCAUCAACCUCUACCCCGUGGUGCAGCUCAUCGACAUCAUGAAGGACAUCAACCGCCUGUCCCAGGACCUGAAGAGCUGUGGCGUCCACCUGGACUGCAGCGGCCUACAGCUCAACAGCCACCCGUCCUUCCUCGGCGAAGAAGGCCGGGAGCAGGACCUGCAGUACAGCUUCUACUCCUCCCCAGUGCUGGCCAACAGCAUCCGUAGCCCCGAGGACCUCGUGGCGCAGGGCAGUGCCAAGGCCGAGCUGCCCAAGCAGACCCAGGCCAGCCUGUAUGUGGAGGAGCCGGAGGGGGACCCUCCAUUCCCGGCGGGUCUGAGCAGCCCUGCUAUGAAGGCUCCCAGCAGCCUCGACGAGGCCAGCAGCUCGGAGUCAGACGCCACUGACUACACAGAGCUGGCGGACACGGAUAUCCUGAGCGAGCUGGCUUCUCUGGCAUGCCAGGGGCCCCAGCUGCUGGAUCACCAGCACCCGGAGCCCCACCCGCAGCUGCUCCCGAGCGAAGGGCCUGAGGGAAGGCCCCAGCUGAUGGGCCCGCAGUCUCUGGAGCACCAGCCACAGCUGGUGGAUUCGAAGUCUCUCGAGCCCCCUCCAGAACCCCUGGCGCUGCAGCCCAUGGGGGCCCUGCCCACACCCCUGGGGCUGCAGCCCCUGGAGCCGCUGGAGCUGCAGAGCCUGGCGCCCCUGUCCGACUCACUCUCCCUGCAGUCCCUGGAGCCCCUUUCUGAGCCCCUGGGGCUCCAGGCGUUAGGGGCCCUGGACCACCACUUGCUCGACGCCCAGGCCCAGCUCCUGGAUCCAGAGGCCCAGCUGCUGGGCCCCCUGCCCAAGUUGCUGGACUCCCAGCCCCAGCUGGGGGAGGAGGAGCCCCUGGGCACCCACGUGCCGCAGCCAGACGCCCGCCUGGGAGGCUGCUCCCUGAGGGGCGUGGGGCGGCGCGGGGCGGGGCGGGGCAGGGACGACCACAGGAAGUACGCUCUCCGUAGAACAGAUAAACCAAAGAUUCUCUGCCGCCGGCGGAGGGGGGGCCGGGGGCGACGGGCCGACCUCGUCGCCGAGACCAGGGUCCUCCCCAUGGCUGUGCCGGUGGAAGUGGUGAUGGCGCAGCCUGAGGAGGCCAGGAUGCCGGUGGGCACGGUGGCCGUGGAAGAAGCACUUCGGCCCAUUGGUUCCACCCCGGAGCCUGAAGACGGCCGGAAGGCGGCCGCCGCCAGCCUGCAGCCUCCGAAGCCCAAGUGCCGCGGGGUCCGCAGGAUGGUGGUGAGGAUGGCCAAGAUCCCUGUCUCCCUCGGGAGGAGGAACAAGACGACAUACAAGGUCUCCUCGCUGAACAGCAACUUGAACCUGGAGGGCAAGGAGGCGACAGCCUGCAGCCCAGUAGAGCCAACUCCGCUGCUGAAGAUGAAGAACAACGGCCGCAAUGUGGUCGUAGUCUUCCCGCCGGGCGAGAUGCCCAUAAUCCUGAAGCGCAAGCGGGGAAGGCCCCCGAAGAACCUGAUGCUGGGCCCCUGCAAGCCCAAGGAGCCCACCCCAGAAGUGAAGAAGCGGAGGAGGAGGAAACAGAAGCUGGCGUCACCGCAGCCCUCCUACGUCGCCGACACCAAUGACAGCAAAGCCGACUACUCCGACGUCCUGGCAAAGCUGGCCUUCCUCAACCGCCAGAGCCAGUGCUCCGCUCGCUGCUCCCCACCCCGCUGCUGGACCCCAAGCGAGCCGGACUCCAUCCACCAGGCCCCCGACACGCAAAGCAUUUCCCACUUCUUGCACCGGGUCCAAGGCUUCCGGCGGCGUGGGGGCAAAGGAGGCGGAUUCGGGCGCGGAGGGGGCCAUUCCGCCCGCUCGUCUCGCUGCUCCUUCAGUGAUUUUUUCGAAGGCAUCGGCAAGAAGAAGAAGGCAGCGCCGGGGACGGCCAUGCAUGCCGACCCUGCUCACCCACGGAAAAGGGGCCGGCCUGAACCGGACUCCAUGGAGAAGCCCAAGAGGAAGAGACGAUCCCGUAAAAACGGAGCUCUGUUUCCAGAGCAGAACCUGAGCCAGAACUUCAGUGACGGGGCCUCCGAGUGGUGCGGAGACAAGGAGGGUCCCUGGAUGUCCCACCACGGACACCUCUCCGGCCAAGCCAACAGGAACUGCAGUUACCAAGGCACCGAUUCUCGGACCUUCCACUCCUCAGCGCUGGAGCCCAGUUCCUCCAGCCGAACUGGUUUUUACAGCGGGAGCAAUCCAUCCUCCCAGUCCGAGCUGAGCCAGGAACGACAGAGCCUUUUCACAGGCUACUUCCGCUCCCUGCUGGAUUCAGAUGACUCCUCCGACCUGCUGGACUUUGCCCUCUCCAAUACACGCUCCGAGUCACGGAAGUCUGCGGCCACGUACACGGCUCCACCCAACGCCAUCGCCACCCAGAGGGGCAUGGCGUCGUACCCGAGCCGAGGGGGCAAAGUCACGCCCUCCUCCACCUCUGCCACCACCACGACCGAGGCGCCGUUCCACACGGUCAUGACGAGCCGGCCGUCGUUCCCCUCCGGCAGAGCGGCGGGAUACGGCCUUUCCCAGGGGGCCUCCGAGUGCCGCGGCACAGAGGCCUUCCAGAAGCUGGCGCCCAUCUCGGCCAUCUCCAGGUCGCCCACCACCCACUCCACGGCGGCCCCCAGCUAUGCACAGUACAGCAGCUACAGCGGCACCAGCGGGGGGCAAAGCCUGACCCCCUCGAGCCUGUUCCAGCAGGGGAAGCCCUACCACACCACGCAGGACUGCCCCAACAACAAGGACUGCAGCUUCACCUACGGCAGCGGGAGUAGCCUGCCCUCGUCCCCCAGCAGCGCCCACAGCGCCAGCUACUCCCAGCAGACCCCGGGGCCCAGCGUGCCCCUGAGCAAGGCCACCUUCUUCAACAGCUCGGACCCCAGCCAGUUCCCCAGCUCCUCCCACACGCCCAUGCGGUGCGACAGCCGGGCAAGCACAGUGUCCCCGGGCGGCUACAUGGUCCCCAAGGGCUCGGCCUCCUUCCAGCCCUCCCCAGAGAACUGUCGGCAGUUCCCCAGUGCCUCCCAGUGGGCGUUCCGACAAGGCUACGGCGGCCUGGACUGGAGCUCGGAGCCCUUCAGCCAGCUGUACAAUCCGGGCUUCGACUGCCAUAUCAAUGAGCCCAACAUCAUCCUCGACAUCUCCAACUACACGCCGCAGAAGGCCAAGCAGCAGACCGUGUCCGAAACCUUCUCCGAGUCCUCCUCGGACAGCACCCAGUUCAACCAGCCGGCCGGCUACAGAAGGGCCAACAGCGAGGCUUCCUCUAGCGAGGGCCAGUCCAGCCUCUCGAGCCUGGAGAAGCUCAUGAUGGACUGGAACGAGUCCUCCUCGGCCCCAGGCUACAACUGGAAUCAGAGCGUCUUGUUCCAGAGCAGCUCCAAGCCUGGCCGCGGUCGGCGGAAGAAAGUGGACCUCUUCGAGGCAGCUCACCUGAACUUCACGGCGGGCGUGUAUCCUUCCAAGAGGGGCACGGGAGCCAGGCAGCCACGGGGCUCCCGGGGGGCGUGCGCCUCCAAGAAGGAGCGCGGCACCGGCAAAACCAAGUUCCCCGCCAAGUCCCAGGCGGUGAACCCCCUGUUCCAAGACAGCACCGAUUUAGGCUUGGACUACUACAGCGGAGAUAGCAGCAUGUCCCCGCUACCCUCCCAGUCCCGGGGCUUUGGGCUCAGCGAAAGAGACCCUUGCGACUAUGCCGGGCCCUAUUCCAUGAACCCUUCCACCCCUUCGGACGGCACCUUUGGGCAAGGGUUCCAGAGCGACUCCCCCGGCCUGGGGCAGACAGAUCUGGACAGCAAGCAUUUCCCCGCCUUGCCCCACCAGCUGGCUGCCCCGCCCCCCCAGCAGACUGUGUUUGAGGCAAGCCUGCAGAAAGCCUUCUCGCCCAACUGCUCCCCAACUCUGGCCUUCAAGGAGGACUUGCGGCCCGGCGACAUCCGGAAGCUCCCAGCCUGUGACUCGCUCAAACACGGCAUGCCGGGGGCGGCCAGCAUGCCCCACUCGGCGGCCGCCCACAUGGCCUGCCGGGACCUGCCCAUGUCUCAGCCGCACUACGAUUCCCCCAGCUGCAAAACGCCCAGCUACUGGUACUCCCCGUCCUCCAGCACCCGCAGCCCCCCCUAUGACAACAAAGCUGGGGUUGGGAUGCUGGUGGACUUCAUGGGGAGAAGCCCAGACGCCUCCUGCCUCAACGCCCACCUGAGCAGCCCCCCCAGCAGCAACCCCUCCAAGAGCGAGAAGGAGCCCAUGGACAUGGCACGGGCCCACCACCGGGGGGCCUACCUUUGCCCCCUGAUGAAUGACUUGAACAUCUCCCCUGUCCCGAGAGACUCCAUGCUGCCACUUCAGGACAACUAUAGGUACCCCAGCUUUGCGCCCCAGGGGCACCCCAUCAUGGCCGCAGCCCAGAAGAGCGGGUUUUUGGGUCCAAUGCUAGAGCAACAUCCUGAGGAUACGUUCACAGUCACCUCAUUGUAGUGUCAUCUGAAGUGCCAACCCGGACCACGAGGUUUUGUUUCAGGAGCUACUUAGCCAGCACUUUUUCUGGAACACUUUUCAAGUUCUGUAUUUAAUGGAAAUCAAAAACUGAUCUUUUCCUUUGUUUGUUGGUUCUUUUGUUUUGUUUUUUAUAUAAAAAAGAGGAAAAGAGGGAAAAAGGAGAGAAAUAAGUACCCCCUUUAAAAAAGGAAGGAAAGAAGGAAGAAGAAAAAAUAUAUUUAAACAAUUAACUUGCUUUCUUUGAGAAUGGUGUGGAGGCAAUUUUUGGACCAGACUUGGUCACCAGACUCCUCCACAGUCCAGCAAAAAGACAAUCGAAUGGUCUCAGCCAUCUGUGGCGCAGGAGAGCAUGGGGGGGUUCCCACGAUCCUCCCCACCACCCACCUACAGCAUGCAUGUGAGAAACCCACCAGAAGGCAAUCGACAGCGGUCAAGGACAGCCACGGGGAAGGGACACUUGGUUUCGCUUCUUUUCGGGGAGGGGAAAGAAAACCGUCUAAUCUGUGAACUCAAAGCUCAGUAAUGAAGACUGAAGACUCGGCACUUUCCUCCUCCUCAUCUUCCCAGCCCCUUCUUUUGUGCGGGUUUCUUUAUUUUUCUCCCAGUUUGUUUGCGUUUUUAAUUGCUUUUGUUGCUUAUUUUCUUUGGAGAACCCAGAAGAUUUUACAAGUCUGUGAAUGGAUCUUGGAGACACGAUCACCUCCCAUUUCCAUAACCAUCAGGAAAAAGACCCUUCUCACCAGUCCCUCUAGCUAUGCUUUUGCAACUCUGGUUCCUCCCAGACAUUGCUUCUUUGUGGGGGUGGGGAAGAAGAGCAGGGGAGUGCCACCGGAACAGUCCUCGUCCACCAAGACAUCCAAGCAAGAAGAUGGACGCCUCGGGUUGCCUUUCCUCCCCCCUCCCUGCCUUCUCUGUCGUGCCGUGCCCCUUUCUGUACCUGUGCCCCCAGCACUCCCGACCCCUCAGUCCCAGGUCUGUCACUGAGAUGCUUGCGUCUCCUCUAC